CAACACCCAAUUCCCCACCUCGCACUCGGCGGCACUCACCCCCGCCUCCACAUUCGGGCAUCACCUCCUCGGCUUCAUCUCACGGCACUCACAUCGACAUCAUCGAUAGCAACCAACCCUUGACGCCAUCUCAUGUUUACGACUGCACGGCCACCCCUCUGACCCCUCUCCGUCGACAGUGUUAUGUCCUCACAGUAUGAUGCGCGACCCCCGCGCGAUCCAUCGCAUCAGACCCCGCGACUGUCCUCCACCGAUGCUUCACAGACAUUGCGCAAGCGACCUGCACCAGAACAAGCUGCUAUACCAGCUCCAGACGCUGAGAGGAAAAGGCCAAAAGGGGUGAGUGCAUGCUAUCACUCCCGGGCUGACAGACAGAAGGGACGACAAACGGCCUUUAAACCGAAGCCGGUGCAACGUUCAGCCCCCGAUGCCGGAGACGAGGAGGAUGUCCCACUGCCCCCACCACCAGCCAGUGUCAAGGCGACGGCCAGCCAGCGCCAGCGGGACAAGGCUGCGGCGUGGGCCUCGCCGGCCCCACAACGAACGCGCUCCCGUACACCAGCAGAGUUUGAUUACAGCGAGGAGUCGAGCUCGUCUUCCAGACCACGUCCGAAGAACCUUUUCAAUACGAAGCCAGCGCAGGCAGUACCGAACCUCAACUUUCGCAAGAUCGCGAAACCACGAGCAUCCAUGGCGCCGCCCCCGUCUCCGGGGCCAUCGACAUUCAGCAAUUCUCAUCGCGCGCCACGACGGUCGAUGCGGCCAGAUCAGGUCCUCAACGACCACAUUGUCCCCCUCCCACCGACAGACACGCCCGUCAUCGUCCGCAAUCGCAAUCUUCGAGAGAAGGUGUCGCGCCGGUCGUCGUUAGGAAUGCGCGGCGGGCGAGGCAGUUCCAGCUUCGACAAGGGCGAGCCGAGCUACCCGCACUCGUCUAUUCCACAUACGCACUUCUACAAGCACUUGCCGCCAGAACGGCCAGAGCCACAAAAGUCGGCAUGGCUGAUCUCAUGGUGUGGCAAGAGAGCGUUGGAAGAACGGACAGACACGUCACAUCGGAAGGGGCGAGAACGAGCAGCACAACCGGACAUGGCACAAGUGGACAAGCUGCUGAGCGACAUCAUGGGCGACUUCUCCUUCAGGCUCGCGCAGGGACGAGUGGACACGAACGUCUUUGCGCCACCAGGCGAAACUGCGUCAUCAAUGCCGAUCAAGCCUCAUCCGCGCAAUGUCGAGAAUCGGAAGGCGCAGGAGAAGGAGAAUGCCAUGAUCAAGAAGAUGAAAGACGAGGAGCUGGCAUGGAGCCAUGUGACUGCGCGCUCCAACACGAUGCAGUCGGAGGGCUUGGCGGCAUUGAAGGCCAAGUACCGCCCAGGAGUCGAACCAGAAAUCGAUGGGCUGGACGAAGCAUCAGCGUGGUUCAAGGCCGCGCUGCAAAUCGCGGACGAGGUCUUGGCAUCGGAGGAAGACGAUAUCGGCGCAUCCGCCGACUUCACCAAAGUCGAGUUUGAGAUCGACACCCUGCAUCAAGCGUCGCACCGAGCCAACCAGUAUGCCCGACAGUCAAAACAAUUCCUCGACGGCAUAUUCUCGUCUUUGGCGGCGGAUUUGCGCGCACGCGAAGGCACCAGUACCCUCCCGCCCACGGAUUCGGACACUCCAGAUACUGUCACCGUGCUCGCGACAGCUACUGGGGCAGGCAGCGCUCCCGCCGAUCCCAUGAGCGUGUUGCGCGCACUAGCCAGUGCCGAAGCCGGCGAUCCGUCCGCCGAGGCAUUGUCACGGGUGCAGACCAUGGGUGCGCCCCGCCAGGCUACCGCUGCGACACCCAGGCGGUCGGUUCCACGCCGUUCUAUAUAUGGGCGCGGCACGCCUGCUGCUCGAUAGGGGUUUCCCACUUCGUAUUUUCGCUCUCUCUUUUUAUAAUCGAUGGAUAUGCCCGCACGCACCGAGGAUCUUGCUUGCUCUCUUGCUUCCCACCAUAUCUGAGGACCGAGCCGCCGAUUUGCCGAGAG